AUGACACCUGCAACGUUUCAUGUGCCUAUACUGACUAGAAACUUCACAUCAUCCAACCGAAAGCGCCCGUCCUUUGUAUGUCAGGCCAUCAAUCGGGACAGCCAAAUGCCGAAUCCUGUCAUCCCGCUGCACGAAACGGCGCCUGGCGAAGUGUGUCAUGCCGACGUGUUCGCAUCGCAUCAAAUACUAGCUCACAUCUGA